UUGUUUUAUUUUGAAAAUAAAACCCUUGAGUUCCGGUGUGAUUGGAAAAAGACCUCUCUCAACGGUUGAACCCUAAGAAAUGGGUGGUUUCCACGAGGUUUCAUGCCAAAAAUUAAAUAAAGUGCUAGCUCUCUGAUGGCAGCCUGUGUGUUGUGUUGGAGGGCUGCAAGGCUUCGUUCCCUUCCAAACUGGAGAAAAAGUUUUACCAAGGCUCAACACAUCAGAUCAAAAGAUGACAUAACUGACCAGGAGGAGAAGGAAGUGUUGCAUCACCAAGAAAGCUCUUUCCAUGGAGGAUACAGACUACAUUACAACCCUUUACCGUAUCAUCGCUCUGCGUGGAACUCAAAUUCUCGCCGCCAGACAGAUAACGAUGUCGAAGAUGAUCAGUGUUUAACUGCUAAGGCUCCUUCUUUGUGGCAACAAGGGAGUCACUACAGCGUGUGUACCUCACGGCACCUUUCAACCUCUAAAAACACUCUUCUGGAACUGGCUUUCAAUAAAGUCCCUGAACCAGAGAGACCAUCAGCGCUGCAACAUCGCAACAAAAAUCCAGAAUCACCAGAUGUUAAAGUAGACCCACGUGCCUUUCUAAAAUGCAGACCUGAGUACGCCUCUGUCGCCCUCGAUCUUACCAGUCGUCCUCAUCCCGUUGAAUGGGUCGAUGUGUUGCCGUUACUCCAGAAAGUGUCAGUCUUAAAGGGCAAGAUGAAGCCUAUCGAUGUCUCUGAGUUUUUCAAAGAGCUCAGCAAGUUGCACCCAGACAAACUGCCGCUGCUUAAAAGGGACCAACGCUUCAUCAUGCUUCUUCGGUAUUCUGUGCAACACCUUCGCCACUUUUCUGUGCCCCAGCUGCUGGAGGUUUUGGAGUCAUUUGUAUGGCUGGAAAUCCCUUCUUCUCACACCGUGCUGGGGGUAUAUGAGGCUGAGCUGUGUCGCCGGGCCAACCAGAUGAGCUUACAUCAGAUGCUGUUAGCUGCUGACUUGUGGCGCUGCAUCAGAAGGCAGAUCCCACAGUUUUUACAGCGUCUUCAUGACUCAUUUAAUCAACAUCUGGGACAAGUAGGUGUCCCUGAGCUGGUCCAGAUGAUAUAUAUAAUAGGUGAAGGGAGGCACUGCCCAAAAGACUUGAUCCGUUCUUUAGAGCAACUUCUGUUGCGCCAUUUACAUCAUCUCCAUCCUGAAGAGAUUGGCACUGUAUGUCUUGGGCUCUUUAAAUCCCAAACAUCAAUUUCUGAGGGCGCACUGACUUGUAUUGUCGACGGCGCGCUCUCGCUUGUGACUGAGAUGAGUGACUUUGCGGUGGCGAACGUGAUGAAAUACCUGCGUUUCAGUUAUCUUUUUCACAGGCCAUGGCUGGAAGCAAUGGCACAGGAAGUCCCUCGACGUGCCCACGGGAUGGCUGUUCAAGGACUGAUGCACUUGGCUUUGACUUGUUCAGCUCUUCAUUACCGCAAUGAUAGCAUCCUGACUGCCAUCGCCGAGAGAAUUCCCCCGCUCGUGCCGCAUUGCAGGAGUAAAGACUCGUGCAAACUCCUGUGGGCCUUUGGCACCUUAGGCUUUCUCCCCAGUCAGAAUCCAAGUUUUUAUCCAAGCCUUACAGAAAGCCUGAGGCAGAGGAAAGCCGAAUUCCAGCACUACCCAGAGCACCUGCUUACUGGCCUUCUAGGCUUGGCCUUUGUCUCACAGUUCCCGGAGGACCUGAUUGCGUUAGCUUUAAGCCCAGACUUUGUCAGCUUAGCACUGAAAUCCACCCAUCUGGAGCUGAAAAAGGACCUGUUCACUUUAGAUGGAGCUGUUGCUUUGGAGCUGCCUCGGUGGACUGGCCCACGAUUAAGUCCGAAGUUUAGAGAAGAGGUGGCUGAAAUGCUGUGGAAGUUCAUGCAGUCGGCUAUGUGCCAGAAGCCAGAAGUUCUGGAGGCAGAAUCGGCUCUUCAGGAUCUGCUUGGAGGGGAAAAGUUUGUAUGUAAGAGGAUGAUCCUACCUCACACUCGCUCCAUUGACCUUGAAGUGCAUCUAGACUCCAGCGGACAGCCCAUACCUGUGAACCCACCAGUCAUAGAGCGACAUAAAUCAGUUAGUCCGUCUCAUCCGAGCUGGGAAAAAUUCAACUCUGGUGUGAUUAUUACUGAUAAAAUUUUAGCACAGUUAAUAAAUGGCAAAAACAUCCCAGAUUCUCCAGCAUCUUCUCCCAGAGUUCAACCUGCUUCCCACCAUAGUUUACCACCUGAUGAAGAUGGGAGACUGUUUGACUCAGUUCUGGAUUUGUUCAGUGACUUCACAAAAACUCCAACCAAACCUAGAGGCCUGGAGUCCAAAGACCCCAUCAAAGUGGCGGUUCAGAUCUCUAGCAGGAACCACUACUGCUCCCAGUCACCGCAGUUACUGGGACUUCAUGCCAUGAAGAGAAGACAAUUAAAAAUGGCAGGUUACAGGGUCGUGGAGCUGAACCUUCAGGAGUGGAUGCCACUGCUCAGGAAACGCAGAACGGAGAAGUUGGCAUAUCUGCACUGCAAAAUCUAUGAAAGUCUAUGAGUUUGAUGCCUUUGAGAGCCAACAGACGUCACUGAAAACAGAAUUAUAAGAUUUCUUUAAAACAUUUUGUUUUUCCAGGAUGUAAAAUGUACAGAAAGCCCUGCAGGUGGAUGUUUUGAUCCGGCCCAACUUUGAUGUUUGUUUCAAAAUCUGCUUCCCAAGAUUUCUGGUGAUGAUUUCAACCUGUGAAAAUAUUCCCAUUAAAGUUAAGUUUUUACUCUC